AUGGUAGAAAGGCUCCCAGGGGUAGCUCCCCCCAUUCGGAGGAGUAAUCCAGGGUCCUACUCCGAUACACCUUUCGUAAAGGAGAUUGCCUCGGUGGAGAUGCCACGCAAGUUCUCUUUCCCGAGCAUAAGAAUGUACGAAGGUACUGGAGAUCCUGACAAUCACAUCGCUCAGUACAAGCAACGCAUGCUAGCCGUAGCAAUCCCCCGGGAUGCACGGGAAGCUACCAUGUGCAAGGGAUUCGGAUCGACCUUGACUGGCCCUGCUCUCCAGUGGUACAUCAAUCUUCCUACCAAGUCCAUCAAGUCUUUUGCAGCCCUUAGCGACAAGUUCGUAGAGCAAUUCGCUAGUAGUCGCAACCUAGGGAAAAACUCAGAUGACCUCUACGAAGUCCUCCAGCAUAGGACGAUCCCCUUUCUUUCCUACAUAACACGCUUCAACCAAGAGAAGGUGUCUAUCCCCGAGUGCAACGCUGACACGGCUAUCUCGGCCUUCAAGCGGGGUCUACUUACGGAGGGAGAUCUCUACAAGGAGCUGAUCAAAUACAAGUGCAGGACUAUGGAGGACGUGUUAUCCCGUUCCUGGGUUCAAGUAAGAUGGGAAGAAGAUGUUGCGAGUAGGGCCAAGACCUAUCUGAAGUACGAUCAGAAGUCUUCAAAGCCAAAUAGGAAUAAUCGUGAUGAGCCCUCUCAUCCCAAGUCCACUAGGGAGACUAGCAACCCGAGCAGGGGCAGGUACCAGCAUUGCCCUUUGCCUAGAUCCGAAGAAAUGAUGGUAUCCAUAUGGCCCGAUAUCUCCCAUCUUGCGAUAUCAAAGCCGGAGCUAAUCGGUGUCCUGCGACAAAUGGGUCCUCAAGUCAAAUGGCCCCCUAAGAUGAAGGCCUCAGAGGCUAAUCGAAACCCCAAGCGGUGGUGCGAGUUCCAUAGUGACCAUGGUCACACUACGUAA